AUCACACAACGGGUAGCUGGAAAGAAACAGGUUAGUUCACCAUCUCCUUUGUUUGUUUGUUUGUGUUUGUUUGUUUGCAUGUCCCGCUAUAUUUAAAGCUAAUUCGUCCGAAAUAAUAAAUCCCCCUCCUUCCUUUUCCCGUAGGCCAAAUUAUUGAUGUGGCCCGGCGGUAUAUAUUUUUUCCAAAUCCCAUCCCUUUUCGAUUUGAAGGGGUGUGUGCACUUUGAAGGGGCAGCUGGCAUGUGAAGGUUGCAGUUAUGUACUCCAUUACCUGGGAGUAACAAGCCCCAUUGAACUCAGCGGGCCUUGGCUUCCUCUCCACCACCCGAGUCAUCUUCAUCUGGAACCGAAUCAGGAAAUAUUACCUUGCACACCGUUUUACGCAUUCAUUAGAAGUGGGGUUGGCGGCGGGAGUGCCUUAGUUAAAGACAUCGCCUUACUGCGGUUUACAAGCACUAAAAUUCGGAGUUGUGCAGGAUCUGGCUGCGGCAAUCGCUGCUGUCCAGCAAGAUUUGUCAUCCGUGUUAGACUGGUGGGCGCAGGAAGGGGCAGAAGAGGGAGACCCAAGGCGUCGCCUUUUAGCAAAGCGCCCCCUUGAAGAGGAGCUUCUCUAUAGGGGAGACAGUGGAGAGUAGGCGUAGGGCUUUUUGUCCACCUCGUCCGACCAAGGAAAACACGCAGAACACACAUAAUCCUCCCCGACAUGUUGCGAUUCUCCAUCUUUUGAGGAUCUCCUGAAAGAGCCAUGCUUUAUUAUGGUUUUUAAAUGCGUUGGAAGCCGCCCAGAGUGGCUGGAACAACAUAAUCAGAUGGGAGGGAGGGUAAUAAAAAAUAAAUUAAUAAGAAUAAUACAGCUAACCGAGCAGGAACUAGAACGGCUUUAUACCGCCGCCGUCAUAGUAAGGGGUUGCUUUUAAAGUCGCCGCUUUUCUAACCCGUUUGGGUUUCCCCAUCCACGCUGGUUGUGGUGCUGUGUAGGAAAGCUGCUUAGCAAAAUUUUAGGUUGUCCCCCCCCCCCUUAUCGGGGGUUUCGCGCCUCGUACGCGCCGCCUUCCGAUAAGAUAAAAAGAUUGGCUCCGCUUCGUUGCAAACCCCUCUCGAGAGGCCUUCGGAGAGGCCUGGACUCCAGGUUCUAUUUUAUUCUUACCAUUUAAAAAUAAACAACCCAAAAAACCUAAACUAAAACACGAAUGCGGUUUGCGCAUUAAAAAAACAGACGAGUUUAAACUGGGCCCAACCACGCACUGUAAAAAAAAAGAACUUUUCACCCAUCCUAAAGCAAACGUGGCAGCAUUGGUCACGAGGCCAGAAUGGAGUCGGGCUUUUGCUUUCGUUUACCAAGGCUCAAUAUCGGUAGAUAUGAUUAACCCUCCACCGUUUUCUCACUGGGGUGGGGUGGGGGCAAGAGUGCACACGUCGCUCCCAACCUCCAUACAAUUCAAUCGGAGGUCUGAAGGGGGACGGGGGGUGGUGGUUUCCACAGCGCCUUCUCGCUUUCUCCAGUGCAAUGCCUGGGACCCACCUGCAAAAAGAGUGCGUGGACAUAAGGGGGGAAAGAGAGGGGGGGUUGAGGAGCAUCUCGCUCUUCCCUGCUAAUAAGAUAUGAUAAGGGGUUUUCCAAAGAGGCCAACAGCUGUUGAAAGCUAGGUUUAACCUUGAAGCUCCUGGGAUGACCCUGAGCCAGUCGCAUCCCAGCAACCAAGGUUUCUCAGCUUCAGUUUUUGGAGAGAAGUAUGAUAAAAGGAAAUCCUGGAACCUUUGCAAAACCCACGCAGCUCUAGGACUUUUUCUAACAGCGACACACAGUAGGGUCCUGGGUGUGUAAGGGCAGGUUCAAGUCGCUGUGGUUUCUUUUUACAGUUUUGGACACUCAGGCUAGGAGCAGUGCCGGAUUUACGUAUAAGCUAAAUAAGCUAUAGCUUAGGGUCCCACUCUCUUGGGGGCACCCAAAAAAUUUAAAGGGAAGAAAAACUGGUUGCACAUUUCCAAAAUGUAAGAUAAAAAAUAAAACCUACAUGCAGCAACAGUGUUUUGUGUUGUGUAGGCUGCUAUGAUGUAAGUAAUGGGCCCCGCCUGCUAGUCUGCUCCCUAAAAUAUCACUGGUUUGCUCAUUUCUAUAUAUAUUAACAGCUGUAAAUUCUGUUAAACAUAUAAGAUGUUUUAAAUUGACUUUUAAUAUUGUUUUUAGUUCUGUAACCCACCCUGAGACCUUAGGAUGAAGGGCAGGUGGUAAAUAAGUAAAUGAUAAGGUUUAAGAUCAGUGUUGAACAGUGUCCUAGCUAGAAAAGAUUACUCAAAAGUCUGUCAGGCCCAAUUUUUGGGGAGAUGGGGAUGGAAACAAGCUUCAGUGUAUCCUCAGCAGCCCAGGAAAAGUAGAGCCCCGCCCCUAAAAGAAAUAAGCAGGAAAUUAUUUGGAGGCAGUCUUGUUGCAAGAAAUCAGCAGCCUUUCCUGGGUCCCCUUGCUUACUGGGCUCCCAUCAACUAGAAGAACAAUUUCCUUCCAUUCAUCACCAUUUUCAGCAACAUCUGGAGAGCCCAAAGUUCCCAAUAGCUGCUCAUAUCUCAGUAUUAGAAACUUGAGAUAUGAAAGCUAGGAGCUAGAUGGCACCUUAAACCUAGGUUGUGGGCGCUGCAAUGGAGUGUCUCGGCACAGUUUUUUAAUAACAAGAAUACAAAGCUGAAAAUGAAUGAACUGCAGCUAAAAUCUUAUGUUCAUUUUUCACAUGGUCUAGUCCUCAUCCAAAGACUGCAAAAAACACACACAAAGCUAUACCUCCCCUGUCCGCCCCCCUAAUAUUCUUAUGAGGCUCCCUUCUCCAGUCUUCAGAGAGUGGCUAGAAGUGGAGAGUCAGAAAAAAGUCCUCCUUUUCUUCCAGCAGUGUCAGUUUUAAUCUGAAAUCAUAGGCACAGUACUGCGCCCAGAGCUCAGAAACUGUUCGCAUGAAUGAAAUUCACUGUCGCAAAACGCGUCUAGAGCAGUGGGAGUUUCGAACGCCUCUAGAAAGAGUGCCUCUGAAUAUAAGCAGAGUGUUUUAAUGCCUCUCAGAGUUAUUAAAACCAGUUCUGUUCUCUGCCCCCUCCUUCCUUACCUCUCUGGUGUUAUUAGGAGUAGAGAAAGCGUUGUUUCUGUUACUUCUACCAUCAAGAUGCAGUGAUAGAAAAGGGGGGCGGAAUCCACAUCAUUAGUUUAACGCACAUCCAAUGCACAUUCAAAACACAUGACUUCCCCCUUCUGUUGAAUUUAUGCUUGCUGUACAGUUAAAGGCACAGGAGCUUCAUGGCUCAGAAUGGAUUUACUUCUCAGGUUCAGGCAUGGCCAUCCAUUAGGGGUGGCAUCAUCACCAGAUUCCCAGCUUUCAUUUAAAAGAAAAAAAGAAAGGAGUAUCUUUGGUAGCUCAGUUGGUAGAGCAUGAGACUCUUACUCUCAGGGUUGUGGGUUCGAGUCCCAUGCUGGCCAAAAGAUUCCUGCAUUGCAGUGCAUUGGACUAAAUGACCCUUGUGGUCCCUUCCAACUCUACAAUCCUAUGAUUCUAGCAUCUGUAGGACGUGAGACACCUGACAAAACGCUCAGGCACUAUUCCUCCCAUACAGUGGUACCUCGGGUUAAGAACUUAAUUCGUUCUGGAGGUCCGUUCUUAACCUGAAACUGUUCUUAAACUGAAGCAUCACUUUAGCUAAUGGGGCCUCCUGCUGCCGCCGCACAAUUUCUGUUCUCAUCCUGAAGCAAAGUUCUUAACCUGAGGUACUAUUUCUGGGUUAGCGGAGUCUGUAACCUGAAGCGUAUGUAACCUGAAGUGUCUGUAACCCGAGGUACCACUGUUUUUGUGUGUGAGAAGCCUGCCUCCUCCCCCACCCACCCCCACAAAAAAUCCUGGAGCUAUCAACAGCUUUAGGGUAACAAUGCUACUAUUUAAAAAGAAAGUAGGUUCUAGUCACUUGUUUCUCAAAGGAAACCUGAGGUGGGAUUAUAAAAUAUUCAUGUCCAGGGAAAGCAAACCAAACCAAUUAAGCAACACAGGUUGGAAAAAGUCCUCCUUUAAAUAUUUCACUUGCUCUUUGUUGCCUAAUUGUCAGCUGCUCUGUAAGGUUCAAGGGAGUAAUCCUGUUGUUAUGAGAGCCAUGUCUCUCCUCUCUCUCUCUCUCACCCUCCCACCCACACAACACAGCCAAGGUCAUGGGGCCGGCCAUCUCAGCUGAAGUGUUGUUUUGCCUGCCGGUUAGGAGCUCAUGUUGCACAUUAAACUGCAAUGCUCUGCUACUAGAGGAGUCAUUUGCCUACAACACUUCUUCACUGAUGUAAUUAGAAGACACAAGCCUGGAGCGCAGCUGUUCCGAGUGGCUCGGUUGGGCUCUCUUCCGCCUCAAGAACAUCCGCGCAAAUAGUGUGAAAGGGGGCUGGCACAAUGUCAUAGGUAAAUGCGCCCACUUCAUAGGACAAGAUUGCAGGAAAUGGAAACGGGGAUUGCGGUGGGUGGGGAGCGCACGGGAACUGCUUAGUCCUGAGAAGCAGAGCCAAUUGAAUUACUCCCAAACGGAUAGGAUUACGACUGCCUUGGCCAAAUCUAACAAAAGCACAAUGCAAAGGUAUCAAAUCAGAUCCUCUUCAGCCUGGGGCCUAAUGUAACCUGGCACACAGACAAGGGGAUGCGACAAGCAGCGGAGAUAUUUAAUGCUUAUUCUAGCACUAAACGCUGCAGCUUCCCAUGGCAAUGUGGGAGGACAUCUUAUCCAAAAGGAGUUUGGAAAACUUGCAAUGGCCUCUUAAUUGAGUUCUUUUUGGCGGGGGGGGGGGGGCCUUACCUAGUGACUGUAAACAGAAGUGGUGCAUACCCGUUAUUUUACGAUGCUCUCUUCUGUUAUGAAAGCUGUUGGCACCAGAUAAAAUUAUGCAUUCAGAAACAGUAUUGCUACUGUAAACACACCUUGGGCGGUGGAGGCUGGUCACUGUGGCGGAGCCUUUCCUCCUGAGAAGAAUGUUUAAAAAAAAAAUCCCUCCUCAGCUUUCCUGUCUCAGACACAUUUUGUACUUCCAUUUUCAUCUUCAAACAUUGUUAACUUUUUACGGAUAAUUUUAUUCUUUCUCUUUUUGUAAACUGCUUUGAUUUCUCCCCCCCCCCCCCGCCCAAUCAUGGUGUAUAAAUUGUAAAAAAAUAAAGUUAAUUAGUUCUCUGGCUAAUCAGGUCUCUGCAGCACUCAGCCACUGCUAAUCCAAAAGUGUAGCUAUGUUUUUAAAAAGUCCCCACGUACCACGUAACUGAUAUUGGAAUUAAAGGGAAACUGAUUUUAUUUAAAUCAAAUUGAUUUAAAUCACUAGUCAGUAAGGCUUGAUUAAAUCAUUUUUUUAUAGAAAGACUCAUUCUUGCUGGUAUAAUAUUAAUAUUAACAACAGAUGAAGGUUUCAUUUUUGGAAUAAUAAAUUUUCAGAGUAGUUUUUACAGUUAUAUGAACAAUUACUGAUUUGGUUAUACUGUACUAUUAGAAAUACAAAGACAGGUAAUUAUGAAAUUGUUUAUAUUUUGACUUUUCUGCUGUACUUUACUAAAACAAUAACAUAGCAUAUGUAUCCAUGUUUGUUAACUGAUGUGGUUAAAUUUUUUUUUUUUUAAAAAGACUGAGUUGAAGUUUAAUAUGAAAAACGUAAAACAAAUCCUUAUUUCUUGAUGAAUAGCCUUUGGACUAUAAUGUAACUUAAAUGGAAAACUAUCUUUAGAAAGGUGUUUCCUCCAAAAGCAUUUUAUUUUAAAAAUCUGAUUUAUUUAUUUUAAAUCAUUAAUUUCUAUCCACCCUGCUCAGAACGGUUUUCUUGAAAGCCACACCUCAAAACACAUUCUUCAUAGCUACCUAGGAAGAAUGUGUGUGGUUACUAAUUUGAGCAGCUUGUUUUCAAAUUAAUAUUUGUUGAGAGCAAUGGUGGACAGUGUGUGUCUUUGUAAUACAUAUUUUCCACUUAUUUUUGUGAAUGGGUAAGAGGAUUGGAAGGAGAAAUGGUGGGUGUCUUCUGUGUGUGUUUUGCAACUUUUAAGUAUGGAGGUUUUGCAUUCCUGUAAGUCAAUUAUCGGUUUAGUUAGGUCCUAAGUAUUUGUACAACUACAAUGCGUAAGUAUCCACAGAAUCUUUGCAAAGGCAAGAUGGGGAGAAAACCAGAACAACUGGUCAUGCCCCUGUGACCUCACUGGCCACACCUCCAUGACUCCAGCCACCACUAACACUCAGUAGUCAAGACUUGCCAGCUGCAGCUUUGGCAAGUGGUCAGGUCACAUAAAUAGUACACCGUGGGUUUGUGAACAGUUGUGAGCAACUGUCCAAGUUACUGACAUCAGAGUGCUUAUGACAUCGGGAAGCCUGAUCCCUCUUGUCCCAACUGCUAUUGCUGUGAUGGCUUAGGCCAAGAAGCUUGUUUGAGACUGGUGAGAUCUAGAAUGCGUGUGGUUGCCUGGCAACGCUACAGCUAUUCCUUGCAGGUCAAUUCGAGACUCCAUUUUAUCACCCCUUAUUAAAUUGCAUGUCAGAAAGUUCUUUCACUUAUUUUUUUCCCCCGUCUCGCUCUUUGAAAUCACAGAUCCUUACAUGGAAACGGGAGCCAUUCCAGGGGAGGAAGCCGUGUGCCCAAGUGAUGUAGGAGGGCCCAAAUCCAGCCGGGAGAAGUUUCUUCAAGCGUGGUAUGAAAAACGGAAACCCCAGACACACCCCACCGUGUCGUCUCAAGUGUCAGGGUGUGGGUCACCAGCUUGUGCUCCAAGCCAGGAGAAUUGGACAAGGGACACAUCCUUGUCACAUGCCUUUUUCUACCUGAUGGUGGUGCCUCCCCCUCAGGCGCAAUUGUACGCAAGUAGCCGGAUGACGGCACAGUGCCCCCGCCAAAGAGACUUGCAUCAUGUGGCCCAAGAACUGGAGCCGGAAGCAAAUCCCAAAGAGGAAUUCCUGCAGAUCUGCGCUUCAGAUUUGCUGCUCAAGUCUGCAGAGAGGAAGAGGCCACGGCUGCUGCCGCCAAACCGUAAGAUGCACGUGGAGGUGUUGAAGAGGCAGGACUCGCCCCCACUGCAAGAGUGCCAAAGAAGUCCUGUCCCCCUGGAGUACAGCCAUCUGCUCGAUACCAUAGAGAUGACUAAUCUGGCAGACCUUCCCGAGGUGGAAUCCUUCUAUCGAAGUUUCAUUCUCGGGCAGAAACGGAAAGGAUAUUCCAGGAGGGAUGGGCAGCUUCGCCCACAGGCGGAGUGUCGGCUACCUACCAGGGCCACAGAAUCAGCUUCCUGCCAACAGGGUGCCAGGAGAACCGCCAGGAUGAGAUGCACACAAAACCGGAAGCUGAGCCUGAAGAGGAGCGCUCCUCUGUCUGAGCUCACGGUGGCAACCAAACGGUCUGUGGACUCUUCUCAAAACGGCCACCUUCCGCCAAAGAAAAGGUAUACCCAAGGCUUCUUCUAGGGACACAUGCUGCAAUAUUGGCAGUGUACUAGGAGCAGCCGGUACACAGGGUUUUUAAAUUGGGGAGGAUUUUCCUUCUCCUUAUAUAUAUGUAUAUAUAUUUAUAUAUUUUAGCAUAGUCCCUAACUGAGGU